AGGCACAGUCUUUUGUUCAAGUCAGAGAGAAAGAGAACAACCGGGGAGGGAUGGUCACGCUCUCCGUGACCUAAAGCCCCCCAGUCUCCUCUUCUUUAACGUCACAAGGUGCGCGCAACAAAAACCAGCCACCAUCAACUGAGUUCUUCACAACGCGACGCGCACGAGCCACCGUUAGCUGAGACUGUCACAACUCUUCCGUCCACACAGACACACAUGGACACGCUGGCACUGGACUUUUAUUUCUAGCUGCCAGGAGUUAAAUGGAUAUUAGUUAUAACGCAAAAAAGGAUUUAGGUCGCGAGCUCAGACUCUCAAAUUGAUAUGAAGGCGGGAAGCGCGAGCGCUGAGAGGAAUGAAGCACGAGAGAGGACACCGAGCCAAUAAAUAGAAGAAGCCCGCUGAAACGGUCGCCGUUCCGUCGUCAUGGAACUGAUGGGGGAAACGUAAAAACGGACUCUCAGAAGAAGUUAAAACGUUUAACACGUUAGAAAAAAACAGAAACAUUAAGAAAAGAAGCUGCAUUUCUUCAAACAAUCCGUUGGUUUCAGAACUUGGACAGCUCCCUCGUGCAGCCGCCUACACACAGUUACCAAACCGACCGUGUGAGGAGUCAUUGAAACUACUGAACAAAACCGACCCAGUUCUUCUCGAUAUUCACCCCCAGAACAUCGACACGCCAUGACCGGUGUACUUCUGGGAGAAAAGCAGCUUUUUGAGAAGUUCUGGAAGGGCACGUUCGAAGCCGUGGCAAUGCCGAGACCCGAGAGCAUCAUCAUCGCCAGCAUCACCGCACGAAGAGCCGUGACAAAAUUGGAGACAGCAGUUAGCCUGGCACCCAAAGAUGAAGAGGAGAAAGUGAAAACGAAAGACACGGUUACAAAAAAACAUGAGAAAAAUGGACACACAAAACGGAGAGGAAGUAAACGCCACAGUCACCGUCGAGCUCGCAGUGUGUCUCUUGAUGCCGAACUUUCUCCUCGGCCAGUGCCUAGAACGAAAAAGAAGAAGAAGAAGUCACAGAGGAAGAGGAGGAGACACAGAUCUCCCUCCUGCAGUCCAUCACCUGUGAGGAAGAAGAAAAAGAAGAGCUCAAAGAAAAGGAAGCGACAUAGGUCUGCCUCAAGGAAGGGAAGGCACAGUGGAUCGAGUCCCAGACGUAAAAGAAAGGAGGAGAAAAAACAUAAAAAGAGGUCAAAGAGCCAUUCUCAUCGACACCGGCGUCGUAAAGCUGAAAUUAGGAGUUCCUCCUGCAUGGAAAACAGAUAUGAAGAUUGUGAAAAAUCUGGUUUCCAAGACGGUGGCCAUUCAUCAGCUGUCCAUGGAGGCGAUGCAUGCAGGUCGGCAAUCAAGCUGACCAAUAAAAUCUCCUCUAAGUGCUGCUGCCACUUUUCUGAAAGCACCGUCUCACCAUCACGUCAUGGGGUUAAGGGUUUAAACAAAAUGAUGAUCGUCCAGGACUCAAUAUCCAAUAAGGGCAAAGGUCAGGCAGAUUACGAUUCGGGAAAUGACACGUCCUCUCCACUGUCAAGUAAAACUGGCAUCACAAGGUCAAAAGUGACCAGAAUUGGAAAGUUCUCUUGUCAAGAUUUAACAUGUCCUGAGAAGCUUAGACUUGCCGAUGGGGACAAUGCCUCGGAUUCAGGCAACUCGCUAACCAGCUAUGACUCUCUGGGUAAACCAGUACUCAGAGAAAAUACCCUACACAGCUCCGUCUUCAACAAGUUUAAAGGUGAAGAAACAGGGAGGCACGCUGAUUUGGAGAAGACGCAGCCUUUGGGUCUCGCCACCGAUAGGAAUCGGAGUCCGUCUUAUGAUAGAUAUCAGGAUCGAACGAGGUCCCGCAGCAGAAGCAUAUCAUCCCAAAGCAGAUACUCAGGGCGCUAUUCCAGAAGCCGAUCCCUGUCCUCAGGGAGGAGAUCAUAUUCCCGUUCGUCCAGUUAUUCGCUGGAUUCACGGAGAGACAGUCUGUCUAGUGCGAGCAGUUGUCGCAGUCUAAAUUACUCACGGUGCACACCAGACAGGUUUCGAGAGCGGAAAAGAGACUGCAGUUCCUGCAAGAGUAGAAAGCACAGCAGGAGAAGGCCUUGCUCCCCUAUGAGAAAGAGAAGAAGAGAUUCCCCCAGCCACCUGGAAGCCCGUAGAAUUACAAGUGCCAGAAAGAGGCCCAUCCCUUACCAUCGUCCCAGCCCCUCUGUCAGCAGCAGAUCCUCCAGCCUCCUGUCCUGGCGCCUGUUUUCUCUCGGACGCAGUCGUUCGCGGAGUCGCAGUCGCAGUCACACUUCUUCUUCAUACAGGAGCUACAGUCGCAGCUCAUCGUGGAACUCUGUAUAUAGCAGACGCAGUCGGAGUCGGAGCAGAAGCUAUGAGUCAAUUGCGAGCUACAGCAGAGCCCGCCGCUAAUUCACGGAUGAACCAGAUGCAGGAAUGCUGAGCUACAGCAUGAGCCCAGGACCGCAUCUUAUUGUAACUGGAAAUGAAAUGGAGCAGCACUGAGAACAUGCUGUGCUUGGAUGUGGAACACCAGGCAGUGACAGGAUCAUCUGUUCAGUGUCAGAUAAGACUGAAGCUUCUAUAUUGUUGUGUACUAAACUGUGUGCUUUCAUCCAUCCCGCUCAAAGGAAAAGAAAAAACUUGUCUAUCAAUAACAAAGGCUGCUGCUGUUGUAGGAAGGACCUGAAUGGAGGUUUCACUAUGUGCACUGCAAUAUGUGACUUUCUGCUAUAGCUGGUUUUGCUCAUAGGUGUGAGGAUAUCGUUGUUCCUUUAUCAAAAACAGCCGAAAUAGAUAAAAGGAAGUGUGCAGGGUCACUCGCGAGACGCUCAUCACAUGGACUGUAAAAGCUGAUGUUUAAAUCUAUUGUAUUUUUGUAGUGUUUUCCUUUUUAUAGAUGUCAAAAGUGCUUGAGGAGAAAGAUUGCUUCCAUAACAGCUUUUACCGAGAUCAGCCGCUUCUGUGUUGCACACACCUUCACUUUGAAAAAUGUGCCAUCCGAAUUAGCCCCACCGGCAAACACACCCCAUCAGCCCAAAUGCCAGCUUUAUUUAUCUUCUGUUGAACUGGAAAACAAUUCAAAUGUCAUUGGCUGUGAUGGAGAUGAUGAUGAUGGUGGACAAUCAAAAUGCAGCUGAUGUGCUCCACUGGUAGGAACCAUUUUGCAGGGUCCAGCUGUACAUACUGUGUUAAAAAAAAUUGUUUUACUGCACAUUAAUCUAGCAGACCUCAAGAGACAGAAUGAAGAUUGUUUUUAUCCAUCAAGUCAAGUCUACUUCUGAGUGAAGAAAGAAAGGUAAAAAAAUCUUAAAUUAAAGCACUGGUAUACACAUUAUUAUUAUGUCAUUUUUAACAUAAGUCGUAUUAAAUUGUGUAAUAUUUUAAAUUAUUUAUUCUUUUAAUGCCUAUUUGUAUCUGUGAUUUAUUUCUGUUAGGUAUGAAAAUAGUCCGGUAGAAAUAUUUAUUACUCAGAUCACUUGAAUUAUUUAUAACAUAAAACCUUUGAUAUUCAUAUAGAACACUUUUUUUGUUUUGUUUACAGUAUAUCAUCCAUUUUUGACUGAAUCCCAUAGUUUAAAUAUUCAGUCCUGCAUUCAUUAAAUCACAAACUUUACUGUAAAUGACGAUGAUAUUUAUAAAUACAGAUGUUUUCUAAAGCAUAUUUAUUGGAUGCACAACAGAGACACUAUGACAGACUGGGAGAAGUGAAGACGGCUGUUAUAAGAAAUCCAUCAGAGUGGCUAGAUCAAGGAUUUUUUGAAAGGAUCAAAGAUAUAUAUUUGGGGUGUGAUAUAGCUUGAUGGGAACAGCGUGUAAAAAUCAUCACCUUCAUCACAACAGGUAAUGGCAGUUUCUUUGUUUCUGUGUCAUAAAGUCUAUUGGAGCGCUUGUUAAACGAAGGCAUGGUGAUCUCUAUGCACUGUACAUUAUUAGCUGUCUGACUGUUGUGAAUUCUGACACUUGUACAGAAAAUUUGUUGUAGAUGAAGGGGGAAAAACUUGAAGUGUAUCAAAUGUUUUAUCUUCUUGAAUUCAUCUUGUUCUCUCGUCUCAAACCGUGAAUGAGUUUAGUAAAUGAUUAUGUAAAUCUGUGGUGUAAAUAUGCAAACGUUUAGUGCGGCAAUAUUAGGCAUGGGCUUUAUUUAUUGAGAUGGAGUAGUGGUAAUGACUGUUUACAAGGCUGGCUAUCUAAUUUACAUUAUUUGCAUUCUUUCUAAAAAAAAAAAUGUUGAAAUGUUGCCAUGAAUUAAACCAUUUUUUACAGAAUCAGACAUGUCAAAACAUGCUACUGAGGGUGCCAUUCAUUGGCUUCUGUUACUGCAAAACACUAUUGCAACAUCCUGUAAUACCAAUUAUUAUUUUUGCACAAAAUGUGCGGUAAAAAAGAUAUAUAGCAAUUGAGUAUAAGUAAAAAACCUCAGUGCAGGGCAUCAGGCUUGAAGAUUAUGCUAAGGACAUUCCUCAUAUUACCCUAUUCUACUAUUGUAUAUAGAAUGCUGUCUAUGUGCACAUGAGUAUCAAUGUCUCCCUUGCUCUUCAAAUUAAUGGCUAGUUCUCUGUGGUCUGAAUCUGUAAUGAUAUUCAAAGAGUUCUAAAUAAAUUAUUCAUAAUUAAUUCA